GUCUCCUCAGAUUGCACCCAGGUCUUCUCCUCCUGCUUCCCCUGGGCAGCUGGGACCUGCAGCUUCACCAUGGCAGCUCCCCUGACUGCCAGCCAGAUCCGCCAGCGCUUCAUCGACUUCUUCAAGGCCAACAAGCACACCUACGUGCACUCCUCCUCCACCAUCCCCCUGGAUGACCCCACGCUGCUCUUUGCCAAUGCUGGCAUGAAUCAGUUCAAACCCAUCUUCCUCAACACUAUCGACCCCUCGCACCCGCUGGCCAAGCUCAGCAGAGCCACCAACACCCAGAAGUGCAUCCGAGCAGGGGGCAAACACAAUGACCUGGAUGAUGUUGGGAAGGAUGUCUACCACCACACCUUCUUUGAGAUGUUGGGGUCCUGGUCCUUUGGGGAUUAUUUCAAGGAACUUGCUUGUAAACUGGCCCUGGACCUUCUCACCAAGGAGUUUGGCAUCCCUGCUGAAAGACUCUACGUCACUUAUUUUGGGGGAAAUGAGGCUGCAGGGCUGCAACCAGACCUGGAGUGCAAGCAGAUAUGGUUGGAUUUGGGGCUGGCUGAGGGCAGGAUCCUGCCUGGCAAUAUGAAGGACAACUUCUGGGAGAUGGGAGACACAGGCCCCUGUGGCCCUUGCAGUGAGAUCCACUACGACAGGAUCGGGGACAGAGAUGCUUCCCACCUGGUCAACCAGGAUGAUCCCAACGUCCUGGAGAUCUGGAACCUGGUGUUCAUCCAGUUCAACAGGGAAGCUGAUGGGACACUGAAACCUCUUCCUAAGAAAAGUAUUGAUACUGGGAUGGGCCUGGAGAGGCUGGUCUCUGUGCUGCAGAACAAGAUGUCCAACUAUGACACCGACCUUUUCCUUCCUUACUUUGAAGCCAUCCAGAAGGGCACGGGUGCCAGGCCCUACCUGGGGCAGGUUGGUGCUGAGGACGCCGACGGCAUCGACAUGGCGUACCGGGUGCUGGCUGACCACGCACGCACCAUCACCCUGGCCCUGUCCGACGGGGGCAGGCCUGACAACACUGGCAGAGGGUACGUGCUGAGGAGGAUCCUCCGGCGGGCUGUGCGCUACUCCCACGAGAAGCUCAACGCCCCCAAGGGUUUCUUUGCCACUCUGGUUGAUGUGGUGGUGCAGUCACUGGGAGAUGCCUUUCCCGAGCUGAAGAAGGACCCGGACAUGGUGAAGGACAUUAUCAAUGAGGAAGAGGAUCAGUUCCUGAAAACACUCAGCAGAGGACGUCGCAUCCUUGACAGGAAGAUUCAGAGUCUGGGAGACAGUAAAACCAUCCCUGGUGACACUGCCUGGCUGCUCUAUGACACCUAUGUGGACAUGGAGGGUUUUGAAGAGGAGCGGAAAAAUGCGCAGCUCAAAUCCCAAGGGAAAGGUGCAGGUGGGGAGGACCUCCUCAUGCUGGACAUUUAUGCCAUUGAAGAGCUGAGGGCCCGAGGGCUGGAGGUGACUGAUGACUCACCAAAGUACAGCUAUGCUUCAGAUCAGAGUGGUGCCUAUGAUUUUGGGAGCCUCGUGGCCACUGUGCAAGCCAUCCGCAGGGAGAAGAGGUUUGUGGAGGAGGUGUCCACUGGCCAGGAGUGUGGGAUUGUGCUGGACCAGACCUGCUUCUACGCCGAGCAAGGGGGGCAGAUCUAUGACCAGGGCUACAUGGUCAAGGAGGAUGAGAGCAGAGAGGAUAAAACAGAAUUCACAGUGAAGAACGUGCAGGUCCGAGGAGGCUACGUGCUCCACAUAGGAACCCUCUAUGGAAGCUUGAAAGUAGGAGAUCAGGUCCACCUGUCCAUUGAUGAGAGCCGCAGGAGGCCGGUCAUGAGCAACCACACGGCCACUCACAUCCUCAACUUCGCCCUGCGCUCCGUGCUGGGGGAGGCGGAACAGAGGGGGUCGCUGGUGGCCCCCGACAGGCUGCGCUUCGACUUCACAGCCAAGGGAGCCUUGUCCAGCCAGGAGAUCAAGAAGGUCGAAGGCAUUGCCAACCAGAUGAUUGAGGAGGCAAAGCCUGUCUAUGCCAAGGACUGCCCUCUGGCAGCAGCCAAAGCCAUCCAGGGACUGCGGGCAGUGUUUGACGAGACCUACCCCGACCCCGUCCGCGUGGUCUCCAUCGGCAUCCCCGUGGAGGACCUGCUGGCUGACCCCUCAGGCCCUGCAGGCUCCAUCACUUCCAUCGAGUUCUGCGGAGGGACGCACUUGCAGAACUCCAGCCACGCUGGCCCCUUUGUGAUUGUUUCAGAAGAAGCAAUUGCCAAAGGCAUCCGGAGGAUAGUUGCAGUCACUGGGGCUGAGGCUCGGAAGGCCCUCAGGAAAGUCGACAGCCUGAGGAAAGUGCUCUCAGCCCUGGAGGCCAAGGUGAAGGUGCAGACAGCUCCCAACAAGGAUGUGCAGAAGGAGAUCACGGAUCUUGGUGAGACACUGGCCACUGCUGUUAUCCCCCAGUGGCAGAAGGAUGAGCUGAGAGAGGCUGUUAAAGCUCUGAAGAAAGUUAUGGAUGACCUGGACAGAGCAAGCAAAGCUGACAUCCAGAAACGGGUGCUGGAAAAGACUAAGCAAGUCAUUGAGAGUCACCCUAACCAGCCACUGGUCAUCAUGGAAAUGGAAAAUGGAGCCUCAGCAAAGGCCCUGAACGAGUCUCUGAAGCUCUUCAAGACCCACUCCCCCCAGACUGCUGCCAUGCUCUUCGCUGUCGAUACCGAAGCUGGCAGGAUCACUUGCCUGUGUCAGGUACCCCAGGAGGCCGCCAGCAGGGGCCUGAAGGCCAACCAGUGGGUGCAGGAGGUGUCGGGGCUCAUGGACGGCAAGGGCGGCGGGAAGGACGUGUCGGCCCAGGCCACGGGCAGGAACGUGGGCUGCCUGCAGGACGCGCUCAGACUGGCCACGGACUUCGCCCGCCCGCGCUUGGGCGAUGAUCCCUGGAGCCUUCCUGAUCCACACCUCACGCUCACGGAUCCCCUGGAGCUGCCCAAGCAGCUGAAGGCCUGA